AUGCCAGUUCUUGAGACCGCAGCCUUAGUCGCUCUUUUGGGCGGAUAUUUUGAUGCCAAAACCCGUAUGUCCUACGACCUUCGUCUUGGUGCCCGAAUGGUGGGCGCCGGCCUGAACGGAGCCAUCGACAAGUGGCGCGACCGUCUUAACGGCUUUUACACUUUUGAAAGCUGGGCAUUGUCUCAACCUGAUGCCACCUACUUGAUUUAUCCCGAGCCCGUUAACGGAAAGGUUCACAAGAACCUAAAGAAUUUGGACGGCCUUUUUAACGUCAAGAAAUACAGCUGGAAGCAGGCCUAUGACAUUGUUCUCCAGUACUCUGACGUUUUGUACAACGACUACGGCGUUCGCCCUAACGAUGUUGUGGCGGUUGAUUUUGUUAACAAGGACUCUUUUGUCUUUCUCUGGCUUGCCCUGUGGAACAUUGGUGCUGUCCCGGCCCUCAUCAACUACAACUUGCAGGGUCGCUCUUUGAUUCACUGCGUCGAAACUGCAAAGGCCAAGAUUCUGCUUGUCGACGACGAGGUUGCCGAGAAUGGCCAUGAGGUCGAGUCUCAAUUGAACAGUGCCAACGUCAAGGUUGCCUAUCACGACGAUGCCUUCCGUGCCAAGGUUUCUCAGGCUGCUGGCUUCCGUCUGCCCGAUUCCCACCGCCCUGUCCCCAAUUUGUGGGAUCCCGCGUGCUAUAUUUACACUUCUGGUACCACCGGUUUGCCCAAGGCUGCCGUCAUGUCCUGGAAGAAGGCGUCAACUGGUGCCAAGCUCUAUGGUGCCAUCACUUUCUUGAAUCCCAAGGAUGUCUUCUAUACCUCCAUGCCUCUUUACCAUUCUACAGCUGCUGUGCUUGGUUUCUUAAACUGUAUGCAUAUGGGUACUACAUUUGCCAUUGGUCACAAGUUCUCUACCACCACUUUCUGGACUCAGGUCAAGCUCUGUGAUGCCACUGUCAUUCAGUAUGUCGGCGAGACCUGCCGCUAUUUGUUCAAUGCUCCGUCAACACCUGAGGAGCGCACCCACCGCGUCCGUAUGGCCUGUGGUAACGGUAUCCGUCCCGACAUUUGGGCCAAGUUCAAAGAACGCUUCAAUAUCCCUAUCAUUAACGAGUUUUACGGUGCCACCGAGUUCCCCUUCGUUGUCACCAACCAUCAAGAAGGUAACUUUGGUAUUGGUGCCUGUGGCGCCUACGGUGAUAUUGCUACUUUCCUUCUCACUCACGCCAAGGUCGGUAUUGCCGCUGUCGACCCUGAGGACCCCGAGAACUUGUUCCGCGAUCCUGAAAAUAACAACUUGGGUCGCCGUGCUCUUCCUGAUGAGCCUGGUGAGUUUGUGUUCAAGCUUAACCGUAACGAUAUCAAGGCCGAUUUCCAAGGAUAUACCGGGAACCAAAAAGCCACUGAGGAGAAGAUUGUGUACGAUCUUUUCAAAAAGGGCGACUGUUGGAUGCGUUCCGGUGAUUUGCUCCGCAUGAACAAGGACAAUCAGAUCUUCUUCUGCGACCGUAUGGGCGACACCUUCCGCUGGAAGUCUGAGAACGUCUCCACCAACGAGGUCGAGGAGUUUAUCACUCACGACCCUGCCAUCAAGCAGGCCGUUGUGGUUGGUGUCAAGGUUCCUCAGCACGAGGGCCGUGCUGGCUUCGCUGUCAUUGAGUUGAACAAGGGUGCUCAGCAGCCUGACGGAAAGCAGCUUGCUCAGCGCCUAUUGAAGGAAUUACCACGUUACGCCGUCCCUGUAUUUAUCAAAUACGUCGGUGAGAUCGAAACUACUGGUAACAACAAGAUCCAGAAGAAAAAGUUCCGCAACCAGAAGCUUCCUUCUCCCGAAGAGCAAAUUUAUUGGCUCUACAACGAUGCUUAUGUUCCUUUGACUGAGGACAACUGGUUCAGCAUCGAGAAGGGCCGCCACAAGCUGUAA